CUCUUAGGCCACGCUAAUUCCAUACUGUCUGCACCUAAGGUUCUUGCUUUCCUUGCAACUUUUCCCCCAGACCCUGAAGCUUUCUCCGGUCAGUCGACACCGCCGCGCCUCUGCCCGGGAAGAGCAGCCUCAUCGUCUUCAUGGAGUAUAGGCAGUUCUACUACAUGACCCUCAGGAUGAGCAUAGACUGCAACGGGUGCUACCAGAAGAUCAGGAGGGCUCUGCUACAGAUGCAAGAGCUGGAGAGCCACCUGAUCGACCGAAAGCACGGCCGGGUGAGCGUGUGCGGAGCCUUCAGCCCGCAGGACGUGGCCAUCAAGAUCAGGAAGCGCACCAACCGGCGCGUCGAGAUACUGGAGCUCAGGGAGGCCAUGGGGCCACAGGCCGGCGACGAGCAGAACGCUGCGGCCCAGCAUAUGCCUUGAAUCUCUCACCCGCCUCCCACGCUAGCUACUUGUGUUGCUGCUACCAGCACCUGGAUGCUGCUGCUCUAGCUUCAGUACCUGAAACUCAUCGACUGCCAACUGAAACCUACUUUUCAGAGGAUUUAGUACCUCUCUUUUUGUGUGUACGCUUAUAUAUUCAUGAUUUUGAUAUGUAGAUUCUUGUAUGGGUUUACUUCAUCACUGAAACCCUGCUUAACCUUGAUUUCUUGCUAACCAGCAUCAUCCAAGCCACAAACAGACAUUCUGAAUGUAAAAAAGAUCUUUUGCAUUAUUA